UGAGCUGUUUACUCAGUCUGCUUCAGAGUUUCAAAGGUCUGGUUUAGCGUUUCCUGUAGCUAAGCUCUGCUAUCAUGUCUGACUGGAGAAGCAUGGAGAAAUAUGAGCUGGAGAAGCAGUACUCCCCCAGCCAGUGGUCGCACAGAAUGGCCGCCGACGACGUGAUUAAAGCCCAUGUGGCUGCACUGAAAUCAGGUACAGAAAAGGCUCGUGCUGUUUCACAGACUCUUCUGGAUGUCCCUUACGGGGAUGGAGAAGGGGAGAAGCUGGACGUUUAUGUGCCCAACAUCUCUUCCCCAGAUGUACCUCUCAUUAUCUACCUCCAUGGGGGUUACUGGCAGUUCCUCAGCAAAGAAGAAUCUGGCUUCAUGGCCGUCCCGCUGGUCCAGAAAGGGGUAGUGGUGGUCGCCGUUGGCUACAGCAUUGCCCCUAAAGGUAAUAUGGACCUGAUGGUAGCACAGGUGCGCAGGAGCGUGGUGUCCGUCAUUCAGCAGUAUUCUCAUAUAAAUGGGCUGUACCUGUGUGGUCAUUCAGCAGGUGCACACCUGGCUGCCAUGGUUCUGUCUACUGAUUGGGCAGAUUUUGGUGUGACACCCCCGAUCAAAGGAGCGUUCCUUGUUAGUGGAAUUUAUGACCUGCUGCCCAUUUUGUCCACCUAUGUAAACGAGCCACUGAAGAUGACAGAAGAGGUUGCUCUUAGGAACAGCCCCAGUCGGCUGGUUCCACAGCUCACAGCUUCAUCAUCUGCCUGUGAGAUUGUCGUUGCUGUGGGACAGAAUGAUUCCCCUGAGUUUCGGAAGCAGUCUGAGGACUACUUUAAAUCUUUGGAAACUGCUGGGCUUAAGGUUGCUUUUGAAGACGUACCCAACACAGAUCAUUUCAAUAUCAUUGAGCAGCUUGUUGAUGAUAACUACCACCUCACACAGCUCCUGUUAAAGAUGAUGGGAAAAAGCUAAGGAAGACAGCACUGUUCAUCAGGUCACUAAAUGAUCCUAUAAUGCACCUCUUUAUCACAGCUGGAAUAUUGUCUGAUUUAUUAAGGGCCCGUCACCACAGACAAUCUCAGUCCCACGACAUGGGAUGGAGUCUUGUUUACAUUGUAAGGGGUUAAAUCUGUGACAGGGCACUGACACAUCGCCCCUUUUGGCCCUAGGCUUCAGUGUUUGGUGUGAGCUAGUUUUGUGCUCAGUCUACCGUUCGUUACGUCUGUGAUUAAUGUCACUAUGAAUCAAUGCACUUGAACACUUGUCUUUGUUUCUCUUCUGUAAUGAGCCUUGUCUCGGUCUCAUUUAGUCUUUUUGUGAUUUGUGUGAUGAAUUAUACCAUCUAAUGCAGGGGACAAAUCACUUAGAGGUCAGUCAUGAAUGUAGCAGACACUUUUAUCUUCGUUAUUGUUGUGAAUAAUUAAUUAUGUUGUGCUUAAUUGUUGGUUGUAAUUUGCAGCACACAGGGAAAAUAACCAUGUUGAGAUUUGAAUUGUUCAGAUAUCAUCCUCAAUAAUGUUGAAAUAUGUGGAUAGUUAUUGCACAUUUUAUUUUUACUACUUCAGAUUUCUCUCAGAUCUCAUCAAAGUGGCACAGGGAUAGUCUGGCUGCUCGGAUGUACUUCUGAACAGUUGUUAAUGCAAUCUAUGGUUCUAACGUUUACAGAUGCAAGUAUUAAUAGUGUAAUAAUAAAAUGAUAAGAUAUAAGAAA